AUGGCCAUGGGAAAAUCAAACAAGCUACCACAAACUGCAAUUUUGAAGCAAAUUUUGAAAAGGUGUUCGAGCUGGAAUAAGAAGAACGGCUGUGAUGAUGAAUAUGAACUUCCACUUGACGUACCAAAAGGACAUUUUGCAGUUUACGUGGGAGAGAACAGAACUCGAUACAUCAUACCUAUUUCUUUAUUGACUCAUCCCGACUUUCAAUGCCUCCUUAGACAAGCGGAGGAAGAAUUUGGUUUUGACCACGACACGGGCAUCAUCAUUCCCUGCGAAGAAUUCGUUUUCCAGUCACUUACUUCCAUUCAAUUCAGUAAAAAGAUCUUGAAUAUUAAUUAG